AUGUUACGUACUUUACUGCUAACAACAAGAAUAGUUGGAAAAUCAAGCUUUCCCGCUACUUCUUCGCCAAUUUUUGUUAGACAUCUUUGCCCCUCGAGUGCAUUAUGGAAACGGUACGCAAAUUUACCACACAGUCAGGAGCUACCGGAACAAAAAAGUAAUCGAAAUGAAGUGAACAAACGUAGCAUCCCCAUCACCGCCACACCAGGGACGGUCGAUGUGGAAAAGCGUAGAAAAGUGCUUGAGCUUGAAAUAGAGGUGAUGCGCCAAGAGGGUAGAAAGGUACCGUCGGUUUCGACCAUCAAACCAGACCAAUGGGAACAUCUCUUGGGUUUAACGUCCCGAAACCAGCGGCGCCAUUACUAUCUCUACCUUUGGAACAUUGAGAUGGUUCGUUUGGGGAAGCAGCUAAAGAAAGAACGCAAGCAGGAAGAGGUGGCCAAACGGCGCGAGGAACUGUUGAAGGCGAACGCGGAAAACGAUCAUAUCGUUUACGGUCUCUUUCACAACACCAUGUUCCUGCGGAUAUACGAUUCGACGAUGGAUCACUUUCACAAUAACCGACUCGUUCAGGCGAUACGGUUCGGUGUCAAUCUCGUGAUCGACUGCUCGUACGAUGAUUACAUGAACGAUAAGGAAAUGCGUAAUACGGCCAAACAGCUGAUGCUGUGCUUUGCCUUGAACCGAUCCCACCAGGAACCAUUCAACAUACACCAUUGCAAUGCAAACUUUAACAAAACAACGAUGAAACAGCUCGAAAAACAUCUGGUACAAUUACACCAGCCCGAAUUCCCGUUCAACGUUACCGAACGUAGCUACGAGGAGCUUUUCCCCAAGGAACGACUCGUCUAUCUGACGCCCCACUGCAAGACCGAUCUUACCGAAUUUAAUCCGGACGAUGUGUACAUUAUCGGUGCGAUGGUAGACAAAUCGUCCCAGGAACCCGUUUCGCUCGGGAAAGCGAAGAAGCAAGGCCUACGGAUGGCACGCCUGCCGCUCGAUGACUAUUUUCAAUUUAAAAGUGGCAAAUCACUUACGAUCGAUCAGAUGGUCGCGAUCAUGCUGGAGCUAAAGACGAGUAACGAUUUCGGAAAAGCGUUCCAGCACGUACCACGGCGAAAGAUAACAACGUUGGAUGAGGCAGCAAUCAAAGAACAGGAAAUGCGCCAUGCUGCCAAGUUCAAGUUUAACUUUAAGCGGAACAGUAAAAAACCACGAUAA